CUAAAAAAUAUUACAAACUAAGAAAGAUUAUUAAACAAAAAUAUGGAACUAGGGCUCUUGGGAUGUACCUCAUGGGCUUAAAAGUGAAAGAUAUUAGGAUAAGGAUCGGAGGAUUUUUCCUUCUUCCCAGCCUUGUGCGUUUCUGCUCUUCUUCUCCCCUGCAGCUCCCGAAAGCCCCCAAGCUGCCGACUUCCAUACUUGAAAGAAAAAUCGAUCUGCUCUGCUCUUCCGCCCCUGUCCGCGAGCUGCAGCUUGUUGUGCGAAUUUCUGGGCAUUUUUCUGCCCGUGAGUUUCCCCUGCACUUCCCGCCGGCUCCUCCCCAAACUGCAGCUCCGGUUUUUGCUGCUAAAUCCUAGUAUGAUGGCCACUUCUCUAAGUCCUAAAUUACUCAUUUAAUUGUUGCCAUGUUGAGUUUUAAUGGUUGAGUUGCUACCUUGGUGUUGUCCGAAAAUUCUGUUGAAAUAGGGAUAAAUUCCGACAGCCUUGAACAUGUUUUAAGCUUGGUUUAGCUAGAGAAAUUAGCUUGAUUUGGGCUGUUGUGAUUUUGGAGAUAAUGCCACAAAUUAGUUAUUGUUUAGCCAAUUUUGGAAGUUGCAAUUACUGUUCACGCACUGGCCAACAAUUAACGGGGAUUUAAAUGUUUAGUUUGUAAUAUAAGAACAAAUUUGGAGAUGUCCGAUCAUAUGGAGACUAAUAGAAAUAGCAUUGUGAU